CCCUAGUUUUCUGCUACUUAUUCUUCCUCUGCCGACCACUCCCUCCCGGCUCCGGCACUCAAAAAGGCCGCUGUCCGGCUAACUCGGACCCUAACCCAAUGUGCGGCGCGGAGAUCGUGACGUGGACGUCGAUUACGUCACGCGCUUCCUCGGCCGUCGCCACGCUGCCUUUUAUGUGGCCGCCUCUUCCUCUGCUCCUCCUCUUCUUCCUCUUCAUGAUCUCUGUUUGUUAGCAGCAGGCAAUGACCCUCGUCAAGAAACUACUCGGAAAGGCCCAUCUCGGCCACGCGCGCUCUCGCUCGGACGGCGACUACGACCUCGACGCCGCGGACUCGCUCUCCGACGACGACCUCCCCGCCUCCACCGACGCCAGCCCCGGUCCUGCCUACAAUCCCUACGCCAUCGGCAGCAAUCCCUACAACUCGGUCGCGUCUGCUUAUAGCAGAACCGCGCGGCCUGUUCCUACUCCUCCUGCUCUCACCCCCACCACCUCCGCUUCUCCUCCUCCUUCGCCCUACUACUCCACCUCGCCCGCUCCUUAUACCCGGAUAUCCCCCGUCUCGCCUUCGUCCGCUUCAAUACCUCUCUCUCCGCCCCGCGUGCCGGGUCUAAACGGCACCCCGCGUCUCAACUCGACUUCUUCCUCCAGCGGCCGCUCACGCUCCAGCAGCAACAGCAAAAGAAACCCAUACGAGCCCGUGUCGGUAUCUCAGAAGCGCUUCUCCGACCCAAUCGUCUACAACCCCGCGCUCUCGGACCAGCAAGGCACGAGUCCGUACGAAAGCCUCGAGCCCUCAGAGUCUCUUGAGGUGCAGCGGCAAAAACUGCUGCAGAAGAAGAAACAGUCGACUGCGAACUUGCCCCAGUUCAGGCCGGCGUCUCCGGACUAUGAUCCGUCGAUCAUGGAGACCGAGGCCGAGCGCGAGCAGAGAUAUGCGAUGCAACGCCAGGGCACAGCGCAGCAGUCGCAUCAUCAGACUGUCAUUCCUGAAGACCGCGAGCUAUCUACCGAGCAGGCCUACGCGCAGGAAUACAAAGACGGCGACGAGCUGGAGAUCCAGGCCAUGAAAGACCACAUCAAGUUCCUGAACAAGCAGUCGAUCGACUCGGCUGACUCGGCCCUACGCUACGCAGAAGAAGCCGAAGCGUCCGGAAUGAAAACACUCCAGAUGCUCGGCCAGCAGAGCGAUCAGAUUGGAAACGCCGAGUCCUCGAUCGCGAUCGCGGCCAACAAGACGAAGCUCGCGGAGGACUACGCGAGCGAGCUGAAAGCAUUGAACCGCAACAUGCUCGCCAUUCACGUCUCUAAUCCGUUCAACUCGCGCAAGAAAAUCGCCGAGAAAGAUCUCCAGCUGAGGAACGACUUCCAGCAGCGACAGAAAACGCGCGAAGAGACGCGCAGACUACAGUACGAGUCGCAGCAGAAUAUCGCGAGAGCGAUGGGCAACGCACCAGGCGAACGCAGACGGCAGCUCACAGAGACUGAGCUUAAAUACCGGCAGCAGAUGCUGGACAACAAGGCCAAGCUGGCGGAAAAAUCAAGAUACAUGUUUGAGCCUGACGACGACGACUUUGAAGAUGAGCGAAAUGUCAACGAGCGAUUAGAUCAUAUCGCCAAUGCAUCAGCGAGACUUAAUUCGAUGGCAAAGGCGAUAUCGUCAGAAGUUGAAGAUCAAAAUAACCGGAUCGCAAAACUGUCAAAGAAGACUGAGGAUACAGAGGUUGGUGUCUACCUCAACACCACUAGACUUGCUCGUUAUGGUUAGAAUCACGUUUCAUGAUCCACGUUCUUAUUAGACUGUGAUUAGUUUGUAUCAAUAAUAUAAUGCAUUGUUAGAGUUAUCAUUAUCAGAGUUACAACCAAAUCUUCCAUCCGGCUGGAAUACUUCACUACCCAGGGUCUAAGAUAUCAUUGUUAAGCUAUGACUAAUCAUAUUAAUUAGGAGUAUUAAUAGAAG